UUUCCUUCUGCGUUUGUUAUUGAAAUAUUAGGACGUGGUGCUGGUCAUGGUCGUGGAGCUUUUAGAGCUCAAAAUAAUGCGGGGAGAGGUGGUCGUGGUGGUGGAGCUUUUAGAGCACAAAACAACGCGGGAAGAGGUUUAGGUGUCCGUGGUCGGGGUCGUGGUGGUGGCCUUGGUGGGGCCAAUCAUCGUGGAGGGAUGAGAGGUGGAAAUCAGGCAGUGAUAAUUCCGCAUAGACAUGAAGGAGUCUUUAUUGCGAAGUCUAAAGAUGAUGCUCUGCUUACUAAAAGCAUGGUCCCUGGUGACACUGUAUACAAUGAGAAGCGCAUCUCUGUUCAGAAUGAAGAUGGGACCAAAGUAGAGUACAGGGUUUGGAAUCCUUUCCGAUCCAAGCUGGGGGCUGCAAUUCAGGAGGGUAUUGACAAUAUAUGGAUUGCACCCGGUGCUCGAGUUCUCUACUUGGGAGCUGCUUCAGGAACCUCCGUCUCUCAUGUGUCUGACAUUGUUGGACCUACGGGAGUAGUGUAUGCAGUGGAAUUUUCUCAAAGAAGCGGGAGGGACUUGGUCAACAUGGCUAAAAAGAGAACAAAUGUCAUGCCCAUCAUUGAGGAUGCUAGACAUCCAUCAAAGUAUCGAAUGUUAGUUGGCAUGGUAGAUGUCAUAUUUUCAGAUGUUGCUCAGCCCGAUCAGGCAAGAAUAUUAGCUUUGAAUGCAGCUUAUUUCCUCAAAACAGGAGGUCAUUUUGUGCUCUCAAUAAAGGCAAAUUGCAUCGACUCCACCAUGCCUGCUGGCAAAGUAUACGAUAGUGAAGUUGAGAGGCUGAGGGCGGAUCUGCUGAAGCCUGCAGAGAUGGUGACAUUAGAUCGAUUUGAGAGAGACCAUGCCUGCGUCGUUGGUAGUUACAGAGUGCCAAAGAAACAAAAACCUUCUGCCUAACAGUUGUUGGAGGUUCAACGCUUGGAUCCCCACUUCCUCAGCCAUUUAGCUUAAAAUUUAGAAUUAUCUCUCUGGGCCUUGCCCUUUCAUUUGAAGAGUUUGUCGGACUUAUUUUUAUCAAGACUUUGUGAUUGGAGUCAUGGACUGCUACUAAAGGCUUUUAUAUCAUUUUUAACUUUCAUCA